UUGAUUCGAAUUCCAAACCGUCUCUAGACAAGAAAUCGAUUUGCGUUCGUUUCUCAUCCUCAAAUUAUUCUUAUUCAGUUCCUUUUUUCUUCUGCCAAUCUUUUGGUUUCCUUCCUAUGGUUCUCAUGUUAAGCAAAACCAGACCAGGUACUAAUCUUAAUCGUAUUGGACUUAUCUCCAGUAGUUAGAAGUGAACUGGGAAUAGUUCUUGUGCAGCUAAUGAUUUCUAGAAUCCUGUGAAUUGCAUUUCUGACCAUGCUAAACGAUAAUAAUACCAAUAGUCCGUCGGCUCCGGGUGGUCGGACUCGGCAUCGCAGGCGCCCAAGUGAUGUAACUUCGGAGGAGAACAAGCCGAAUGAAAGAAAUUUACUAGUUAAUGACCGGAGUAAAUACAAAUCGAUGGUGAUCCGUGCAUACUCAACAAUUUGGAUGAUUGGGGGUUUUGCAUUAAUAAUAUAUUGUGGGCAUCUCUAUAUUACUGCCAUGGUUGUGGUUAUUCAAGUUUUCAUGGCAAAGGAACUGUUCAACCUACUGAGGAAAGCUCGUGAGGACACUCGUCUACCAGGGUUUCGACUAUUAAAUUGGUACUUCUUCUUCACAGCAAUGCUUUUUGUGUAUGGUCGCAUUUUAAGUCAGCGGCUUGUUAAUACUGUCACUUCAGAUAAAUUUUUAUAUCAGCUAGUGAGCAGUCUCAUCAAGUACCAUAUGGUUAUUUGUUAUUCCUUAUAUAUUGCAGGUUUUAUGUGGUUCAUUCUUACUUUAAAGAAGAAGAUGUACAAAUAUCAAUUUGGCCAGUAUGCAUGGACGCAUAUGAUUCUAAUCGUUGUUUUUACACAGUCCUCUUUCACAGUGGCCAAUAUUUUUGAAGGAAUCAUCUGGUUUCUCCUACCAGCAUCACUUAUUGUUAUCAAUGACAUUGCUGCCUAUAUAUUUGGUUUCUUCUUUGGAAGAACGCCAUUGAUCAAGUUAUCCCCAAAGAAAACUUGGGAGGGAUUUAUAGGAGCCUCCAUUAUGACUGUCAUAUCUGCUUUUGGUCUUGCUAAUGUCAUGGGUCGUUAUCAGUGGCUUACUUGUCCAAGAACGGAUUUAUCAACUGGUUGGCUUCACUGUGAUCCUGGUCCUUUGUUUAAGCCCGAAUAUUUCACUUUACCCGGAUGGACUCCUGAUUGGUUUCCAUGGAAGAAGGUAAGCAUAUUGCCAGUUCAAGGACAUGCGUUAUGCCUUGGUUUAUUUGCAUCAAUAAUUGCUCCUUUUGGAGGCUUCUUUGCAAGUGGUUUCAAAAGAGCUUUCAAAGUGAAGGAUUUUGGUGAUAGUAUUCCUGGACAUGGUGGAAUUACAGAUAGAAUGGAUUGCCAGAUGGUGAUGGCUGUAUUCGCCUACAUAUAUCAUCAAUCCUUUGUUAUGGCUCAGAACCUAUCCGUUGACACAAUCUUGGACCAGAUUUUAGUGAAUCUCACACUCGAGGAACAAGCAGCUCUAUACAUGAAGCUUGGGCAAAUCUUGCAACAGCGGGUGGUUGGCUAGAAUCUGAUGCCUUCAUUCUCUCAUUGUUUCAGAAAGUUCGGAUGUUGUAACAUUGUGAAAUAAAUUAAAAUAUCAUGUAAUGAUUUAUUCUUGUCGCCCCAGCUUACAUAUGUAGCAUGCCUUGGCGAUUAUUCAUAAAUGAUAACCUUCUUAAUAAUCUCGUUGGAUAUGCAAUGUAAAAUUGAUUGUUUAUUUCAAGAUAUAGUGUAUAUAUCAACUUUCAACUCAAUAGAGGAGUGAAAA